AUGGACCCCCUGCCUCUGCUCCUCUACCUGUGCGCAGAAGGAGCCGGCCCCUCAGCCCCAACCACUGGCCCGUUCUCCAUAGGGGAAGCGCUAACUGGUGACUGUUUAACCCCUGCAGUGCUGGCACCGAGCCAUGGAUUCAGUGUGGAGGUGGAGGGACCCAUCACCUUCCAGGAGGCAGCAGCAGGGUUCGGGCAGAGCGUGGUGCAGUUCGGGAGUGCCAGCGCUGGGGGGCUGAUCGUUGGGGCCCCGCUGCAGACAGGAAACGUGAAUGAAAUCGGCAAAGUCUACAAGUGCGACCCGGGCUCCAGACGCUGCCAGGAGAUCCCCAUCCAGAGGCCCCCCGAUGCCAUGAACAUGUCCCUCGGUUUGUCUUUGGCUGCCCGAGGUUCCCAGUUCCUGGUGUGCGGCCCCACGGUGCACCAGGCCUGCGGGGAGAACAUGUACGUGAAUGGCUACUGCUUCCUCCUGGACCAGAGUCUCCGGCAGCUCCGGUGCAUCCCGGACAGUCUGCCAGAGUGUCCCAAAAAUGGCACAGACAUUGUGCUCCUCGUCGAUGGCUCGGGCAGCAUCAAACCUGAGGACUUUGAAAAGAUGAAGACGUUUGUCUCUGAGAUCAUGAAGCGUUUCCGCAGCACUGACACGCAGUUCGCCCUCAUGCAGUAUUCGCACAGAUUUAGAGACCACUUCGACUUCUCAGAGUACAGGAGCAGUCGUGACCCUGAUCAACUUCUCCAGGGGGUUGAGCAGCUUCAUGGAUCGACGUUCACGGCCAGCGCCAUCCAGCAAGUGGUGGAGGAGCUGUUCAUCUCUGGGAGAGGUGCUCGGGAUGAGGCCACCAAAGUUCUCAUUGUGAUCACAGAUGGGAAGAAAUUAAAUGACCCGCUUUCUUAUUCAGACGCCAUCCCCGAGGCUGAGAGAGCUGGAAUCAUCCGCUACGCCAUCGGGGUCGGCAAGGCCUUCUUCAGUGAUACUGCCCAACAGGAGCUCCAUGUGAUCGCCUCUGAGCCCACCAAUGAGCACGUCUUCCAGGUGGACAGUUUCGACGCCCUCCAGGGCAUCCGGAGCCAGCUGCAGGAGAAGAUCUUCGCCAUCGAAGGCACCCAGUCCCAGAGCGGCAGCUCCUUCCAGCUGGAGAUGGCUCAGGAAGGAUUCAGCUCCCUGCUGUCCCCUGACGGGCCUGUGCUGGGAGCGGUGGGAGCCUAUGACUGGUCCGGUGGGAUAUACCUGUACGGGAGCGGCAGGAAGCCCAGCUUCAUCAACGUAUCCAGAACCUCCACUGACGUGAAUGAUGCUUACCUCGGUUAUUCGUCUCAGGUCAUCACAGCCAAUGGGCAGAGCAGCUACGUGGUCGGGGCCCCUCGCUAUCAACACACCGGCAAAGUCGUCCUGUUCAGCCGAGAUACCAACAGUGGAAAAUGGACACCCAGAUCGGAGCAGUUGGGAGAGCAGAUUAGCUCGUAUUUUGGGGGUACACUGUGCGCUGUGGACCUCGACAGAGAUGGGAACACGGACCUGGUUCUAAUCGGAGCCCCCAUGUACUAUACACCUCUGAAUGAAGGACGGGUCUAUAUCUGCCCCAUUAACUGGCUGGGGGUGAUGCAGAACUGCAGAAAGACACUGCAGGGGCAGACAGGGAAGACGUUCGGGCGCUUUGGGGCCAGCAUGUCUGAAAUCGGGGACAUCAGCGGGGACGGACAGACGGACGUGGCCAUCGGGGCCCCCAUGGAGAAUGACAAUUGUGGAGCCUUGUACAUCUUCCAUGGGGAAAAGGGAGGCCUCAGUCCCCAGUACAGACAGCGCAUAGAGGGGUCGCUGUUCCCCAGGAGGCUGCAGUACUUUGGCCAGGCCGUCAGUGGUGGGACAGACCUGACAGGGGACGGACUCCCAGACAUCGCGGUGGGAGCAGAAGGACAGGUCCUGCUGCUGAGGUCCCGGCCGGUGCUCAGAGUCAGGGUCUCCAUCAGCUUCCAGCCCCCAACCAUCCCCACCUCGGCCUUCAACUGCCAGGGGCAGGAGCAGCUCAACACGGAGGCCAGCAGGGCAGAGGUCUGCUUCACCGUCACUAAGAGCACCAUGGACAGCCUAGGCAACAAUAUCUCCGGCACCAUCCAGUACAGCCUGGCCCUGGAACCCCGGCGGACGAAGAUCCGAGCCGCCUUCGACUCUACCGGCCCCUUCCUGAGCAGGGAGCUGCAGCUCGGCAUCGAGACGAGAUGUGAGACGUACCGGAUAACGUUACCUCUCUGUCCAGAGGACACUGUGAGCCCCAUCACCCUGCGUCUCAACUACACCCUGAUGGGGGAGCCCAUCGCUGCUGCCGGCCGCCUCACACCCAUCCUGAGCGAGGACUCUGUGCCAGUGUCUGCAGGCUCGCUCCCGUUUCAGAAGGACUGUGGCACGGAUGACCGCUGCGAUGACCAGUUAGAAAUCUCCUUCAAUUUCUCUGGCUUGAGCACCCUGGUGAUGGGAGUCAACCCCGAACUCAACACCACCGUUUCCAUCCAGAACCGUGGGGAGAAUUCCUACAGCACCACGGUGCAGUUCUUCUACCCGGCCGCGCUGUCCUACCGCCGGGUCCUGCUGAUCCAGUCUAACAGGACUGUGGCCGUUAAGUGCAGCUCGGCCGUGGGCUCCGAGGAGCAGACUCAGAGAAACAGCACCUGCCACAUCAGCCACCCCGUCUUCUGGAGUGGAGCUGAGGCCGUUUUCGUCACCACCUUCGACGUCUCCUCUGAGGCCGACCUGGGGGGCAGGCUGCAGAUCACGGCCAAGGCCAGCAGUGACAAUGGCGGCCCCAUCACUGAGCGCAUGAUUCACCGGGCGGAGCUGCCGGUCAAGUACGGCAUCUUCAUCAUCCUCACCAGCCUCGAGGAGUCGACCACGUACGUCAACUUCUCCGCCGAGGAGGCAGGGACAAGUGUGCCAGUGACACAUCGGUACGAGGUGAAGAACCUGCGGCAGCGAAGCAUCCCCAUCUCGGUCACGUUCCAGUUCCCCGUGGAGCUGAGCGGGGUCCGGGUGUGGGACGCCUCUGAGGUCGUCCCCUCCAAGCCCCAGCUGGCUCAGUGCAUCAGUGAGGCUGAAACGCCCGGUUCGAAGGACUUUGUGAAGCAGAUGAGCGAGCGCCCCCUGCUGGACUGCUCUGUGGCCACCUGUAAGAAGAUCCGGUGCAGAAUCGCCUCCCUGGAAAUGCAGCAGCCACUGGAGUUCAUGAUGAAAGGGAACGUCAGCUUCCAGUGGGUCUCCCAGACUCAGCAGCAGAAAGUGAGUCUGGUGAGCGAGGCCCGGAUUGAAUACGAGGAGGAGAAAUACACCCAGAAGGAGGGAUUCAUCCAGCGCCAGGUGCAGACGGUGGUGGAGCGCUCCGAGGUCUAUAACUACCUGCCCAUCAUCGUGGGCAGCAGCGUGGGGGGCCUGGUCCUGCUGGCUCUCAUCACCGCAGCCCUCUACAAGCUCGGUUUCUUCAAGCGCCGGUACAAGCAGACGAUGGAGGACACUGUGAAGGGCGAGGGGCCUGGCCCAACUCAGAGUGCCACUGCUGGCAACCCCCCUGCUUCCGAUGCCCCCAAACAAUAGCCCCCCAUGCGCCAAUGCCCCCAGCUUUGCCUCCCUCUGGGUUGCCCCAAAUCCACCCCCGCCCCUUUAUGUUGCCACCUCCAAGAUGCAGAAAAAUUGGUCACUGGCCACCGUCCCACCAUCAAAACACGUCCUAGUGCCAACUAGAGCCAAUCGUUACUCAGAUUAGGCCUAGCCGAAUUCUCUUUGUCUUUUUAUAAUUUUGAUGGAGAACACUGAAGUUUAUUUUAGGUAUUUUUUAAAAGUUCCAUCAAUUUAAAUUUUGAUGUGGAAAAUUAUGGGUUUUAAGUAUCUUUUCCCCCUGUUUUUAUCAAUUUAAAUUAUCCCAGUUGUAGGAAUUUGUCUGUGUGUGGAGGGGUUCGGGCAAUAUCUGGAGGUCAGACAAUGAUUUAAUGGCAGUAAAGGUUGAGAUUAAAAAGUUAAAGCUUUAUAAUUAUGCUUGGAAGGAUAGAUUUAUCUCAGAAAAUGUAUUCACCACACGCACACAAGCUGCUGGCAAAAUAUUUCCAUUGCUAAUAAUCGAAAUUUGCAGAUAAGCGUUAAAUUUGAGGAAAUUGACUUUAUAACUAUUCAAACACAAAUUAUUAACAUCACAUGUCAAAAUAUACAAAGUUUGACCUUUUUAAAAUGAACGAAUUUUAAAAUUUUAUCAUUAGAAUUAAGGUUUGAUCCUCACAGGAAUUUUCCAUAACUGAAAAUUUAAAUCAAUAAAAAUUGAAAAACAAAUGGUUAGAAAUAAACAUUGAUACUGUCUGUGGAAGUUACUUAAAAAUAGCAUUCUGCCAAGCCUAUUUAUAACCUUUAAAACCACAAAUUGUCAACAUCACAUGAAAAUGUACAAAGUAAUUAUCCUGAAAGCUGCCCCAAGGACACCGGCAUGGCCACAGUUUUCUACACAGUGUGGUGGGUUUUUAAUAAGCUCUCCAGGAGCAUUGUUUGUUCUUUGUCUAGAUUAACAUUUGGAUUGUUAUCGCCGGACACGUUGUGCCAUUGGUUUGUACCCGUGUGCGGUGAAACUGAUGGUUGCUGACAAUUACCACUAAAAAUCUCGUUGUCCCGAGCUACUUAAAACGCAGUAUGAGCAGGCAACAAAAACGACCACCAAAACCCCAAGCCCCUCUCUGUGUAUUUCUUCGUUCUGUUAGGGAAUGACAGAUCCUCGGAGCUGCCUGUUCUCCUACCCCAGUGUGGAAGUAGAGAAAAGGAUAAAGGGAAUUUGAACGCAGAUAUCUUAACUUCUAGGAAUAAAGUAAGAGUCAGGCUAACACUAGCUCUAAUAACACGUGAUUUCAAGGCAGGGCCUAGGCAAGUGGAAAGCGAAUAGGAAAAAACUGUAAGAGAUACUGUUUUUUGACCUUGUGUUCGAUAAGAAUGGAAUACAGACUCUAGCAGGAACUGCUGAGAAAAGUAAGAUAUCAGAAGGAAUCUGUAUAAACAAGAUGCGGUUGUUGAUUAUUAUUGUCUGUACCAAAAGGUAUAAAUGCUUGCCCUAAUUGUUUAUCUAAUGGCGACCUGCCUAGGACGGGGGAAACCCUGUCCGGGUGUAUUCUCCCCUUGCAAGUGUCAGGAAAAUAAACUGUCUCUGACUUGUUGCAACCAACCUGAGAGUGAAGACUCUGUUUUCUUCCACAAUUUUGGUGCUGUGACUCGGAUGGCAAUGCCCGACUGAGACAGCGACAACUACUGCGGACUGUUCCU